AUGACGAACGGGAUGUCGGAAUUUUCCCCCGAAAUUCUCAUAAAAAGUAUAAAAGCAAGAAUCCCCAAAUGUGUUGAUAAUUCCCAAGAUCCGUUGUUAGAACAUCUUUUGAAAUUGUCUCCCCAUGAUAAUACAAUCAUAUUAGAAACUUCCAAUGUAAAUAUUGUUCAGUAUUCCCAUUAUAUCAAUGAGUUAAUAACAGUUUUAAGUGAUCAAACCUUAAUUGAGGAAACAAGAAUAUCAGUAGAAUCGGAACUUUUAGCUUUUGUGUCUCAUAUACCAAAAAUUAAUACUAAAGAUUCUAAUCCGUAUCCUCAUUUUUAUUUGUCCAGAGUUUUGAUGGAUAAUUUUGAUAUAAUUUAUGAAUUUAUUAGCAUUUAUUAUAAUUUGAACUUGACAUCCACUUUGACAAAAUUUUUGGUCAAAGUGAUUUAUUCAUUACAAUUCUGGGAAUUAUUUCACUUGAUGGAUUCGGUAAAGAACUUGAAACUGUUCUUGAAUCUUUUGGAUUUUGAAAUAACUGAUACCUCCUUGGGAUAUCUCGUAAAACCUCCUAAAAAUUAUUUAGAAGAAAAUCUUUAUCAAGGAUUUCAAUACCCUUUCCCAUAUCCAUUUUAUAAUUAUUCCUACCAUAAGUUGGGAGAUAACAUCCCAGAAAAGUAUUCCAAAAUUUCCAUAGAACCUUAUAUUGAUAUUUCUUUGAAAAAUCUUGAACCACCAAGGAAAAGAAGAAAGACAAGAAGAGAAAGGCGACCACGUUAUAUUGACGAUUUUGCACAAAAUGAUGGUGAUGAAGUUGUUGAAGAAGAAAUACCAAGAAAGAAAUCAAGUACUCCUCAGAAACAACCUAUAGCACCAACACCAGAGAUAAGUGGAAGUGAUUCAACUGAAGUGAAAGCUCAAGCACAACAGAAUCAAUCACAAUCAAUACCCAAUUUGAUGUCUAACGAAAUACCACCCGGAUCUUUGAUGAAUAACCAGAUUUACCCAUACGCCACUUAUUAUAUGCCUUAUAUGGGGCAACCAGACGUCGGUAGGUCAUAUUCAGAAUCUUCCUCAAAUAAUGAUCUCCAGAACAUACCGAAACCACCACAAUCGAGCCAAUCAAACGAUGAAAUUCAAGGAUCCCAGCAGCUCCAGAUCAAUCAGUUCCAAGUCAUCCAACAACAAAUUCAAUUCAUACAAAGGCAUCAACAACGACAACAGCAACAACAGCAACAACAACUGCAAAUACAGGGACAGUCUCCGAUUGAUAACAACAAUCCAUUGAACUUCCCUCCAAUUCAGAACCCUUACGGAUAUCCAAUGCAAUUUCCUUAUCCAAUGUAUCAACAACCAUAUCAAGUUGAUGCUAGAGGGCAACUCAUUAUGAAUCCCAUGAAUCCAAUGUUUUAUGACCCAAAUCUUCAAUACCAAGCUCAAUUGCAACAGGCUGCUCAAAACUCAAAUGGUCCUCAAAACCAAAAUCCUGAACCUGGGAAAUCAAAUGAUACCGAAGAAAAACAAAUUGUUAAGGAGGAAGAACCAAAUAUCGCUGACCAGCAAGAAAGUAAACCUCAGGAUAGGAAAUAUGACGCUGGAAGCGAUGUGGAAGAAUCAAAUUCUGUCAACAAUGAUGAUAGCGACUAUGAAGAUACUGAGAAAGUCCUGGCUAAUAUAAAAAGAAGAGAAAGAAGUAAAAGAAUUAGGAAACCGAAAGUUAGGGUCGAUAAGUCAGAAGAUUCGGAAAAAUCUGAGAAAGAAGAUACUUAUGCUGAGAAUCUGAUGCUUAAAGAUCAAAUCACUGAUGAGGAGGAGGCACUAAGUGGCGAAGAAGAAAAAUCCAAAGGAAAGAAAAGUAGAGAAAUUCACCAAUGUGAUGGGUUUGAUGCCAGCACAAACGCUCCAUGUAGAAAGAUUUUCUAUGGUAGAAACGAACUUCUUAGACAUAAAGAAUACGUACAUGCAACUAGGAAAAGAAUUUAUAAAUGUAUCUAUUGUGCAAGGUAUAAUUCUAAAGUUCAAAGUUAUCCAAGACCGGAUUCUUUGGCAAGGCAUUUGAGAAGAAAUCAUCAAAUCAAUGGUAAGGAGAAUAAAUUAGCCGUUGGAUAUGCUAAACAACAUCUAGUAAUCAUUGAGGAUCCUUCAAAAUUGACUCAUACUCAAUUAUUGGAAAUAGCCACUAGUCCUUUACCUCAUCCUCCAUUUUUAGAACCUGACUUUUCUUUGAAAGCCAACAGAACUGGAUUUUUACUGUUUAACACCAAGGAAAAAGACGACAAAAAAGAUCUUCCCAAGAUCGAAGACAAAAAAGGGGAAGUUCAAUCAACAGAUCCUCAAAACUCCGAUACUGUGAACAAAAAUCGAAGUAUAUCUACCACCCCCAGUCAACCAUCUAGCCAACAACAAUCACCUCAUAAUCAAACCGUUCCACUCCAGCCUCCUCAAUUACCCAAGAUUUCAAACCCCAUGUCAUCUUCUUAUCCAUACUACGAUCCUAAUCAAAUCCAAAAUCCUCCUGUAGUGUUACCAUUCCAGGGUUAUAAUCCUACUUACCAACAAUCUGUCUAUCAACCAAUGAAUUCGUUCGUCGGAUCUUAUCAGUCAAACCAGAAUCAAAAUACUCAAACCCAACCUAAUCAAAAUUCGAAAUCAACCAAUGAUGAAUAA